AUGGGCGAGAACGCCCCCUCCUCGCCUACUUCGCCGACUUCGAGGGAAGUUGGUUUACAUGACCGAUCCAAAUCAAAAUUCAAUCAGCAGUCGAGUUCGAGUUUUGACGACUCCAUCGGUGAUGAGCGGCUUGCAUUACCCAAGCCAACGAAACCGCAGGUGCUUGACGUGGAACUUGAACCAGAUGAUCUCCCUGAGUACCCGUUGAUGGAAGACGAGGACGACCGUCCGACGUCGCGGCAGCCAUCUCGGCAAGGCAGCAGCAUGGGCCGGACGACGUCUCGAAGGUCCAAUCCUCCGCUUCCUGCACGGCCGGGAAGCAGUGCAUCUCCCAGAAAAAAGACUCAUUCCAUAAACGACGCAGAUGCGGAGGCCCGCGCGCGUCCCGGAAGCAGUGCAUCUCCCAAAAAGAAGGUUUCCACCAUGAACGACGUUGAGUUGGGUUCAAUGAACGUGGCAUCGGGCCGCGAGCCGGCGGGAACGCCAAGGGCCACUCGAUCUGCAACUGGUGACAUUCCCGUUCCAAGGACUCCCACAGCCGCAUCUUGGCAUGCAACAGGAUCCUUUCCCUUCAGCUACAAUGAGGGAGAGGUGUGGAUCCACGCACUCGUGCGGAGGCUGCAGCACUGGGGGACGGCGCUGGCAAAGCACGUGGCACCCACAGAUGAAAGGGGGAGCACCGGAGGGCCACCUCCCAAUGCCUUUGAAAUUGCGGCGCUGGUGGCAGGGGUGAUGGAUGAAGCUCCGCAGCCACCCACCACCGGAGAACUUUUGGAAAUCCUGGAGCUGGUCCAGGCAGCCCCGCAGGAAGAUCUGAACUUCGUGCAACACCACACCGCUAAACUCGACCUUGUGAACAUGUAUGUGGACAGGUUAAGGGCGGAGAUGAUCAGCGGCCUGGCGGCAAAAGAUGACAAGAUGUCUAGCCCAAAGGGAGACGGUGGUGGUCGUGCUCGACGCCUGUCCCUCAUCCCUGCAGGACAACUGCAACGCCAGCUCUCAUUUGCGGACGAGUCGCUGGACGAGCUUGUUUCACACAUCCGCGCGGAGGAGCCUCAAUUGGACUGGCUCGAAGACUUUUGGAACCGCGUGCUCGUGGGAACGCCUCCUACCGAGUGCCGGAACUUGUCCACGCGCUCCAUCGGCUACUGGAUCGGACUUUUCAACCGCUGGCAAGCCAUGGGUUCAUGGAAGCCAGGCAGUGCACCGAAAUUCAUGGACGCGUACGAGCUGCAAGAGUUGCUCUCCGUUGCCAUGCCGAAAGCCCUUGAAUGGGUCAAGCUCUUCGAUCCUCCUGCGUAUGCGCAGCUUCAGACCACCAGGUCAGCGAUGGACCACAAGAAGGUGAAGGUCUUGGUUCCUGCAUUUCUGACAUGUGGCAUCUUCCUGUCAACCACGAUCUCCAAGAGGCAAAAGAUCCGGUUCUUGCUGGGUAUGUUUGACGAGAACGACAGCCAGACGUUUGAGUCUUCCGAAUUUGUGGAGAUGAUCUCCUCUUUUUUCUACGGCAUCGCCUGUGCCUUCGCACUUUUGGACUUUCCAGGCGUUGCUCCGAAGCCGAGUGCGCGCCAGAAGCUGGGAAAACAUCUUUUCGACCGCGUGGUGAAGGGUGCCUGCUGCAGGGUGCCGUUCUGGGAAGCGAAGAAGAUCAAAGCCGACGAUUCAGCGCCGCUAUGGCUCAUUGAAGAGUGGUUCUUGGGUGAGACUGGAGACCCUCUCUCCGCUCCGUUUGCUAUGCUGCUGGAACGGUUUUCGACGCGUGGCUUGGAAGAUGAUCCCGAGUUCUUCGAGGAUGAGGAAAGAAGGUUCAAGCUGUCCCACACCAGUCCAGUGGAGCCGCCGUUGGAAACGGCAGCCUCCUUGGACUCCAGCUUUCUUCGCCGUGGUGAGAUAGGCUUGGUGCGAAAAGUUUAUGACGAGUGCGAAAGGCAGCGUGAUUUCUCUUUAUCUCAUGCAGACGUGGGGCGUGCACUUGGGGAGCCCAUCCCUCCGGAUCUAUGGUGCAACCGAAUCGCACGAGGUUUAGACGAGAUGGAACGAGUGCGUGAGCUUGGCCAGAAGACCAGCUUGCCGCUCUUCCUGAAAAAGAUGUGCCCUAAUGCGAAGCCUCGCCACCUCCGCAUGUUCCAGACUUGGAUGAAGGAGUUGGAUCACAUAGAGGAGCUCAAGGUGCAAUCAGCGACUUCUCGCCGCGUGCAACAGCAUUUUGAAAGUUAUGUUGCCCGGCCAAUAUUGCCAGCGCGUGUUCGCCAAGAGUUGCUGCAAGAGUUUGAGAGUCUUGCGCACGCCUCAAGCGAGGAACGAGUCAUGCAAGAUGCCUUGCGAAAGAAAUUCUUCGAUGGAGGCUCGAGGGUGACCAAGGAGGACUACCUUGCUGCCAUGUGCCCGACAGACUUUCGGCACAAGGAAGGCAACCCGGCCAUCAAUCAGGUCGUAGGCCAGCUGCUGAGAAUGCAGGUGGUUAAAGUGGAGGAGGCCCUCUCGCAGAAGGAGGCUUUGUUUGCCAAGAGUGGUGAAAUUCCGAUUAUGAGGAGGAAGUUCAUCAAGCACUCGGUUCCAGAUAAUCACUGGGCCUUGUGGAACCAAGCUUUCGACGCUUUUGAGAACGGCACGGGCAAAGGACAAGUGUCCAUGUCGGAACUCGUGCGCCAGAACGACGUGUGCCCCAUGGUUUGUGAGUUCAUUUGCAACAUCAUUACCGGGAGCUCCGACGGCAGUGAGCCUUGCUUCUCCAAAGAGCUCUUUUUGCGGAGAUGCCUUGAGCUGAGCUCUUGGCGUGUCACGAAGGAAGUGUUGAGCCAGGGCAGACUCUGUGCAGUCUAG